AUGGACGCGCAGGCUCCUCUGGGAGGAGCAUACCAAGUCCCCCUUUCCCGUCCGGUUCGGAAUUCAGCUCCAGCGACCGGACAACCUCAGCCGUUGACGCGCAAGCCGACUACGCUCGCACACCAUGCAGAUCAGCAACAAACAGCCUCUACCGAUCCGACAUGGCCUGUCAUGAAGUCUGCUUAUUAUCAGGCUCCCAGCGACCAACAGGAAUCACCCAUGUAUUCCCACCUCGCCCCUGGAAGCAUAAAUCUCCAGCUACCUUCUGAUUCGUAUAGAACGGCCGACCUCUCCACUUUAGCUCAAGUGUCUAGUGAACUAGGUUAUGUGCCCGAUCCGACGGGUCACGUUUCAGGCCCUUCUGCACCCGUCACCUCGUCAAAUGCACCCGGUCCCAAUCUUACACACGGAGAUAACGCGUCAGCUUCUACCAAGAAACGACGGCCGAAACCAAAGAUUCAGCUCGCCCCCAAUCAACCUCCAACAACUCAAGGGAAGCCCAGGGCACGCGUUUAUCUCGCCUGCCUUCAAUGCGCAAAACGCGCUGUGAUGGUGCAAAGCCAAUAUGUCACAACUGCAGCCGUCGUGAGAAUGGUGGAUUCGACUGUUCUUAUGAUGCCCAACCCAGGCGCAGGGGUCCAGACAAAAUGCCUGGCGCUCGGCAAAGGCAGCAGGAGGCCGAAGAAGGCCUCUCAGGAGCCUUCUGACACACAGCCUCAUAUUCACCCUGACGGACCGUCUAUCGAACUGCUGGCUGCACCCUCGGAGCCACCGACGGCAUCCCAGAGCUACUAUCCAACACAAUAUGGAUCAACACAGUCGAUUCCCUUGCAGUUACAUGACACGGAUGUAUUCAUCGAAGAUACGAUCACGCCACUAGGACCAGUAUAUCCUCAUGGCUUCAUCGUUCCGUUGGACGAAAAUGGGGACGAGGUCCAGGAUGAAGGUCACACCAUGACAAGCGAGCCAUCAGUCAACUUUACUCGCAAAAUUUGGUGGGAUUCGUUGUUGUCCUUAUACAUCAAUCCCUACUCCCCUCCUCCCCUUCUCACAAAUGCUCAGCGAGAAAUGGCCACGGCCGAAAUUACGGCCGACCUUCAAUCGCUCUUCCACAUCUCGAACUACUGGUUCUACUUCUUCCACCUGCCUACGUUUUUCGGGAAAUUCUGCCACCCCACUAAACGGGAGCAAAUGCAACCAAGCCUGUUACUGGCGCUCCUGGGUAUGUCAAUUUUCUUUAAAUCCUCCGAGGUCGAGAAUGGCCAUGAGGGAAGGCGUCGAGCCCUCAGACUUAUGGAUGAGGCUCAAAGCGCGAUGCACGCCAGUUAUAACUCGGGGUGGAUCGACGAAGAACUUGUGCAGGCCGCUUGGCUUCAAGCCACGUUUGAAGCAUGCGCGCACCCGUGCCAUUCGACCGUCAGAUCCAGCUCUGCUAUGGUUUAUCUGGACAGCCUUAUCCGGAGUCUGGCUUUAACGAAAGUCGAUGCUGGAGAUCCCGGAACUUCCUACUUUGAACCAGGCGCUGUUCCCCACGCCGUAGCUCAGACUCUCACAUACACCGAUGCACCAGUUCCUGCCUAUAAUACGAUGGACAAUCCUCUUUUCGUACCGUCCCAGCGCUCUGUUGUCCCUGUUAAUCCCUUUGUCAGGCACGCAGAGAUAGACCGGGUGGAAGGCUGUUCAUGCAACUCGUACACUCUAGCCACGAGAUGGCCGGCAUCCAUGGAACAUGUCCCGCUCUGGGCCUAUACGCCGGCUUGGGAUGAGUCGUGGGACGAGGGGCAGAUUAGACGGGAGUCUUGUCGCAGACUCUGCUGGAGUGCUAUGACCCUUGCAGCUGGGUUUAUAUCCUACAUGACGGCCCAUAAAGUUGCCCCUCUAGAUUUGUUCAUCGCGGAUCCUGCCAAUUAUGCUAUCCUGUUCAACGGGGAAUGCUACACUCGAUCCCCGACCUUUAUUGGAUCACCCUCACCGUCGCCAUCCCCUAAAGAUACGAUCUGGGCACUUCAUGAUCGGUUAUACCUCCUUUGGCACAGUUGCAUGCGUGCGCGAACCAUCACCACCACAUCAAAUGAGCAGAAAGCACAGUUUGCGAUAUCUGCGUGGAUGGAGGCCGAUUCCUUGGAGCAAGCGUUGAGUAGGCAUACUUGCAACCUGGAGAGGGCUUACAUAUACCAGGGAAGGGAGUAUCUAUUCAACAUACGCAUGUACGUUUCACAUGAAUUCUCGCGUCACAUUCCACUUGUGACUUCCGGCGUCACUGCCAGCUUUAAUAAAAAGAAAGCCGAGGAAUGGUUGAAGCAUCAGGCCGCUGUCGCGCAGCGCGUCAUGUAUGGGUUAUCCACCGUUACUGGACACUCGACCAACCUUCUGUACCGGAGACCUUUCUUUGUCUUCUGGUUUAUGGGCCAAAUACAAAGGCGCGUUCAUCUCGAUCAUGAUGUCCUCCGAAGACAUGUCUAA